GUAUGAUGUUACUUGUACGCAUUUGGUGUUGAGAGAUUGUUUAUUGAAGAAGAAAAUGAUCUCACGGCUCUCCAGUUCAGAGUUGCAACUUUCUAAAAUAGAAAAGAUUCUCUUAAUUCCUUUCUUUCAUUCCAUUAAACACAAAUUUCUACCCAUCAUUCUCCACUUAUCUCCUUAAUUAAUGCAUCAGGAUAAUACCAAAAUUCUUGCCUCAAAAUUUUAUCUUUUUGGUCUUGCAAUUUUCUCAAGAAGUCUCAUAUUUGUGUUGUAAACUUUCAUCUCAAAAUCCCCAUUCGUUACAACAAGAAUGGGUAGCCCAUCAUCAAGAUUGCAUUUUUUUAUCAAAAGAUUUUCAAGAAAACCCCAUUUUUUAGCCAAGAAUGAAAAACCCAUAAUCAAGACUGCAUUUUGUGAUCAAAUGGUAUCCCAAUUUUGUCACACUAAGCAAUUUUCAAAUGAUACAUUUGGUGAUCCAAUAGAUGCAGGUUGUUCAAUUAGAAAACCAAUAAGUUUGUGGCCUGGAAUGUACCAUUCACCUGUAACAAAUGCAUUGUGGGAAGCAAGAUCAAGUAUUUUUGAGAACGCACCACCAGUUGAAACUGAUUUAAUUAGUAAGACCCCAUCUAAGAGUAGGACUAUUGUUCUUUACAAAUUCUCUUCUGAUUAUGUGCUGAGAGAGCAGUAUAGGAACCCCUGGAAUGAGAUUAGGAUGGGAAAGUUGCUUGAAGACCUUGAUGCUUUGGCUGGAACUAUAUCCUUCAAGCACUGUUCCAGUUAUGAUGGUACUACUAGGCCCUUGAUACUAGUUACUGCUUCUGUGGACAAGAUGCUUCUGAAGAAACCUAUUCGUAUUGAUACUGAUCUGACAAUAGAGGGUGCUGUUACAUGGGUUGGUCGGUCAUCUAUGGAAAUUCAACUGGAAGUCAUGCAAUCUUCACCAGAAGCAUCCAGUACAUCGGAGUCAUUAGCUCUAACUGCAAACUUCACUUUUGUGGCCCGAGACUCUAAGACCGGAAAAUCAGCUCCAAUUAAUCAGAUUUCUCCUGAAACUGAAAAAGAAAAGCUUCUAUGGGAAGAAGCAGAAGAAAGAAACAAAAUGAGAAAGAUUAAAAGACGAGAACAGAAAAAGGAAAUUCAGGGUGAGGAAGCGAAUAGGCUAAGGGAGUUGUUGGCUGAGAGCCGUAUCUUUUGUGAUAUGCCUGCUUUAGCAGAUAGAGACAGCAUUUUAAUAAAGGAUACAUGUCUUCAGAACUCUUUGAUUUGCCAGCCGCAACAACGAAACAUCCAUGGUCGAAUCUUUGGAGGAUUCUUGAUGCGGAGAGCUUUUGAGCUGGCUUAUGCAACAGCCUAUGCAUUUGCAGGCAGUGCACCUUGCUUUGUGGAAGUUGAUCAUGUUGAUUUCUUGAAGCCUGUUGAUGUUGGAAAUUUCCUCCGCCUCAAAUCAUGUGUUCUGUACACAGAACUAGAGAAUUCAUCUAAGCCUCUGAUCAAUGUAGAAGUGGUAGCUCAUGUGAUGCGGCCUGAGCUGCGCUCUAGCGAGGUUUCGAACAAUUUCUAUUUUACUUUCACCGUCCAACAAGAUUCGCUAAAAAAUGGAACGCGGGUUAGGAAUGUCGUCCCUGGUACAGAGGAAGAAGCACGGCAUGUGAUUGAACGGAUGGAUGCUGAAAAAUCAUGAAGUUUUAGUUCUUGGCUUGUAGCAUCAUUUUGGCAGAUUAUGAGAAAAGCCAGACUAGUACCGGGGAUACUGAAUUCCAAACUCGAAGCAAAGCAAAGAUAUGUCCACUUAUUUAAAGCAACUACUAAAGCUAUUCACUGCUCUGCCAAAAAAGAUCUUAGGCAAGUUUUAAAGUUCAAUGUUUCAAAGCCAGUUAGAGUUGCAAGUAUAGAGAACUUAUGCUUUUUGUAUUAACAAUGCUCCUCUUCAAAGCUAAUAUAAGCUUAUUUUCUUGUUUUGCUACUUUUGAGGAAUUCAACCAGCUGCUGCUUCACAUCA